UAGUUCUUUCAUUGCUUUAUCAGAACAAUGAUCAACCGUCUAAGCGCCAGCAGGAGCUGGUACACUCGUUUCCAGUACGAAGAAGGCGUGGACAAGCCCGGCGAUGUACGCAACACUAUGUUAGUUGUUGCGACUCUCAUAGCUUCCGUUACCUUCCAAGCUGGUGUCAAUCCUCCCGGCUGCGUAUGGCAAGAUAACGACGGCAACCAUGUUGCCGGCAGAGCCAUUUAUGCGAAUCAGUCAGGAGCCUACUAUGUUUUCUUGAUUGCUAACACCUUCGCUCUCUCCGCCUCUGUACUUGUCAUCAUCUCUCUCACUCAUCGCUUCCCUUUCCAUCUCGAAAUUAUUAUCGCUACCAUUUCCAUGAUCGUCACUUAUGCUUCUGCAAUUUUUGCCGUCACUCCCGAUGAAUUCGUCAAGUUUCGGUUCGUCAUAGCGGCUGCUACCGUGCCUUUCAUACUGCUAUGUUUGAUUCAACUCUCCAACGUCGUCUUUAAGAAGGAUGAGACUUCCGGAUUAGAGUUUGAAAUGAUGAGAAAUUAAGCUGUUGUACUAAUU